AUGACGUUUAGUUUAUGGGGGACUCUUCUGGAGAAAUAUUUGUGGAUACAUAAAAAUUGUGUAGUUUUAUUACUUUAUUGUACUUCUUUUAGCUCAGUCUCAGUUACAGGCUAAAAGGCAUUACCAUAAAUUUGUACAUGUCUCUUCAUAUCAUUUCUUCUUGGCUGCUCACUGAGUCUUAUCAGUAUAUUAGACUGCAAACUGUUGUGGGCACAUUAUAAAGAGGACCUGUAUAAAGCUUAGCUAACCCUUUUUAAUGUUCUGAAAUCAGUCUUUGUAAGUGAAAUUGCUGGAGACUGGAAAGUAUGAAAUGGCAGUCUACCUGGGCAGCCUACAAAAAAUGUAUCUUGAAGAGACUUCAGUCUCCACUUCCCUUGUUAAUCUCAUGGAGUAGGGAGUGGAAAUUGAGCCAGAACUGUAAAAUUAUUUGGGAAACUUUGUUAACUACUGUUUGUACUGAGUAAAUUAAAAUGUUUCUGGACAUUGUUGAGGUCUAGAGUUGUCUAUAGAAUGCCCUAUACAAGCUACAUUGCUGUCAUUUUCAAAAUCGUGAGUUUAUCUGGACUACAAAUACUUUGUGCUUAAUUUUGAGUAAUGAUUACUUCAAGACUGGUUAAUUAUACAUAACUUUCUGUGCCUGUUCUCCUUUAUAGGCUAUGGAAAGGGCAAAUGGAAUGGAGCUGGAUGGUAGAAGAAUUCGAGUGGAUUAUUCUAUCACCAAGAGAGCGCACACACCUACACCAGGCAUCUACAUGGGCAGACCAACCCAUAGCGGUGGUGGUGGUGGAGGAGGAGGCGGCGGUGGAGGUGGAGGUGGUGGCAGACGUCGAGAUUCUUACUAUGAUAGAGGAUAUGAUCGUGGAUAUGACAGAUAUGAAGACUAUGAUUACCGGUACAGAAGACGAUCACCUUCUCCUUAUUAUAGUCGAUACAGAUCACGAUCACGAUCUCGUUCCUACAGCCCAAGACGCUACUGAUAACGGAAUGGUUGCAAUUAAGGACAUUUGUCCUCUUUCUUUUUUUUUUUUUUAUUCUGAGAUUUCCCCAAGUUCGGAUUCUUCCCACUUGUUAAGAAAAAGCUUUGGUUUAUUUAGCAUCUACACUUUUGUCAAUUGUGUUGCUGUUUUCCACCCCUUUUAUUAUACUCUUAAAGAUGUAAUUGUCAUUUUGAGUAGUUAAACAUCUUGAGUAUAACAGGAACCCCAGUGUUAACACUUUGUAAAUUUUUUUUUUUUUCUUUUACCGAGGUAAACUUCUAGCUAAUCAAAUAAGGAAAAAAUUGUGUUUUUAUAGCUUCUUUUGUGUUAGAUACUGUAUUAGAGAUCUGCAUUUAUGAGUAGCUCAUUUUUUAACUUUAUUUUGGGGAAGAUAGUAACACAUGAAGUAAUUCAUUCAUGUCAGGUUUGUCUGGGGUGGCAUGGAACAGUCAGGUAGUUGAGUGUAGAAAGUUUGAAGCAAUAGAAGAAAACACUUGGACAUUUCUUUUGAAGAACGGAAUUUUUGAACCCUAAAAAUUAAGUCUUUUUUUUAAGAGAUGAAAAACUUGUGGAUUCCUGUAAAACAUUCUGUAUUUGAAAUACAUCUGUUAAAACUUAAAAACUGAAGUGUGAUUUUUUGUUGUUGUUGUAAGAUUUAUUGAAGUUUAUUCCCCUAAUCAGUGAAGGAUAACUCUUAUUUAUUACCUGGAGCAGUUGUAUAAUUUGCUGUUAGAAAUUUUGGUAUUGGGACAGUGGAUGAAGCAGGUUAUCAUAUAGUAUAGAGUCCUUAGAAGAUACCUGUGGGGAAAAGUAGACUCAAAUAAAAGUUAAUUUCUUUGAAAA